AUGAGGCAGUCGACGCCCAUUUUCUGGGUUGUCCAGGCUUGUCUAAUAUGGCUGACAUUGGUAUCGGCAUCACCUACCGUUUCUCAUGAUACUCUGGUGCCUUUAGAUUCAGAUUCUGACGUCUCUGCGCUUCAAACCCGUGACACGAAGCCGUUUCCCCUUCGGAUUCUGCCGCUCGGUGCUUCUAUUACUAGAGGGUACAAAUCGAAAGAUGGAAAUGGAUAUCGGAAAUGGCUUCGACAGCAAUUACGCUAUGCUGGCUGGGAUGUUGAUAUGAUUGGCACUAUGAAGAGUGGUACCAUGCGUGAUAAUGAUCAUGACGGACACAUCGGCUGGAGAAUUGAUCAAAUUGCUUCUCAUGUCAAGGAGAUCAUCCCACAACAACCUAAUCUAAUCCUUAUCAAUGCUGGCACAAAUGAUGCGCUGCAAAAUUACAAAGUAGACACCGCAGGCAAGCGGAUGGAUUCUCUCCUAACAUACCUCUUCGACAAUAUUCCCAACACAACCAUCAUCCUCUCAACCCUCACAUUCAACGGAAAGAAGCCCCAACUGGGCACAGAUAUCAGCACGCAAUAUUUAGAAAUUGCAGCGAAACGCCGAGCGCGAAAUGAAAGCCUCGUCCUAGCUGAUAUGAGCACAUUCAUUCAGUGGAAGCAACUCGUCGAUGAGAUUCAUCCAACAGCCCUUGGAUACGAGGAAAUGGCCUCAGUAUGGUGGGCAGCCAUUCAACAAGCUGAGAAAGAAGGCCUUCUCAAGGCGCCAACGUCCACCGCGAAGAAUAAUACUGCUUUUAGCAAGGUCCGUGAAAAGGAACUUGACGACAGCACCGCUGAUCCGAGUCUGCCUGCAUAUACGGCUCCGCCUCAGCCUACAUUAAAGAGUAAGAGUAAUAACGGCUCGUCUUUAUCCCACCAGUGGCAUCUCUGGACCGUUACAUUCCAGAUGAUAAUGAUGUGCAUUGGUUUCUCCUAUGUAUGA